AACACAUUGGAAAAUAAGUGCGCGCAUCUCGCGCCCAACGUGCUUACAAUAAAAGACGCUUUAAUACAUCAACAACGGGCGUUUAUAAUUACAAAAGGACGGAUAUCGCCACAGUUGCUGACAUUAUGAGCAAAAGGCCUGCUAACAGACGAGGAAUUAAGUUUGAGGUGGGCGCUGCUCUUGAAGCACGGGACAGUCUGAAGAACUGGUAUGCAGCAAACAUAGAGAAGAUUGACUAUAAGGACGAGAAGGUGUUAGUUCACUAUCGACAGUGGAGUCACCGAUAUGACGAGUGGUUCGACUGGGCCAGUCCGUACCUGAGGCCUGUGGAGAGGGUUCAGCUGAGGAGAGAGGGGCGGCAGGACGACAGCUUCAUCCCUGGAUUUCAUGUGAAUGACAGAGUUCUUGCCAGUUGGUCCGACUGUCGAUUUUAUCCGGCAAAAGUUCUGGCUGUCAAUAAAGAUGGAUCCUACACGGUAAAGUUCUACGAUGGCGUCGUCCUGACAGUCAAAGGAAUCCAUGUGAAGUCCUUCACCAAAGAGAGACGAAAGAAACUAAAUGAUCUGAAUGGAGAGAAGCCAGUGAUACAACAGACAGAAAAGGAAAUCCAAGAGAAUGAAGCCAAUGGUGAUAAACAAGCAGCAGGACAGACCGACUGUGUUCCUGAGAAAGAUGAGGACGAGAUCUCAGACGUGGAUAGAGAAGAAGGCGAACAGAUGCAAUGUAAAGUGGAAAAUGAAAGCGUUAAAGAGGAGAGAGAUUUGGAGGAAAUAGGUCAACACAAUUACAGUAAGUCACUUGUGAAGAAGGGCUCAGGGUUUCAGGAGAAAGAAGAGGAGGUCAUGGUGAAGAUGGAGGACUCUGCGCUGUUUGACUCUAAUGUGAACUUCAGCGAGAGCGCGGUAAAGAGGAACGAGACAGAGGAAACAAACGUCCUGGCACAACAAAAGAAGGAGGAAGUCAAAGAACAAUGUCUUGCUCAUGACAGAAAAGCACGGAGGCAGCGGAUAAAAAGGAAAAGGAGACUUUCAAUGGCACGAAGGAGCUCCAAAAAAACCAAGACUGAUUCAGACAAAACUUGUCAUAAUGAUUGCAAGUCCAACAAUCAGAGAACUCAAGGAAAAGAACCAGACCCCUUACAUCUCACACAACCGUCCAAUGGCACGGCAGCAUCUCAGGCUCAGUGUCAAUCAGAAACCUUCAAGCCUACAGUAAGAAAACAAGCCUUUCACAAUCCCAACCGGUUCAGCAGAGAGCCUCUGUAUAGAGUCAUCAGAAACCAGCCUCCACCGGUGCUCUCUAUCAACCUGGAUCAUAACCUGUAUAAAUGCAACACCCCUGGCUGCUCAAAGUCCUUCCGUAAAGCAAAACUCCUGCACUAUCAUAUGAAGUACUACCAUGGAGAGGAGUGCCCCAUAGAACCGGACCAGACCAAGGAAAUAGACAAAAACACCACACUUAAUAGUCACGAUGGCUCAAAGAAGAGAUGCGUUAAGUCACGCGAGUGUGCGCGGGUGACUGUGAAGAAACGCUCUCUAGCGCCUCCUAUUGCCAGCGCACAGAAUUACCAGCAGUGGCCUUUACUGAAGGACAAGACCAGAGAGAAUCAGCUAGAUAACACUAUGCAGAGAUGCUUCGACAAGGAAAGAGAUAGGAGAUUUAUGGAUAUGGAAGGUGUGAAGGAACGCGACAGGCUGAAAGAGAAACAAAGCAGAGACUUCCUGCGUAUAAAGUUUAAGGAAAAGAAAAAGAUACGAAAAACCACAUCAGAUGAGGAUAGUAUUUCUGAUUGGUCUUCUGAAAGCUGUGGGUGGAGUGAAGAUGAAAUGGAGGCGGAUCUUGACGUCAUCACCUCACCUCUCAGCUGUAGUUCUGUUGCUUCGACUACAGAAAGUCAGGAAACUGUGCGCUGUGUGUGUGAAGCAGACGAGGAGAAUGAUUUCAUGUUACAGUGUGAAGAGUGUCUGUACUGGCAGCAUGGGACCUGUAUGGGCCUCUUGGAAGAGAACGUUCCAGAACGAUAUUCCUGCUUCAUUUGCCGGGAUUCUCCAGGUUUGGAAAGACAGGUGAGAGGUCAGAGACAGAGCCUGAGGUACUGGUAUGACAGGGACUGGCUAAGCACUGGCCACAUGUACGGUCUCUCUUUCCUGGAAAACUACUCCCAUCAAAAUGGUAAAAAGAUUGCAGCCACCCAUCAGCUGUUAGGGGACGUCCAACAUGUGGUUGAAGUCCUCAAUGGCCUGCAGCUCAAAAUCAGCGUGCUACAGAGCCAGACUCAUCCAGAUCUUAAGUUGUGGCGACAGCCGUGGAAGACAUCUGAAAGAUCCAGCAUGAAAAGCAAGGCUCUUUAUGAUGCAAAAACCGUGUCUUCUUCAGCAGGGUUGGAGGCCAUUGAACAUAAAGAGGCAUUUUCUUCAUCCUUCCAGGACUACAUCAGCAGUGAGCACUGCUACCAAAAACCACAAACUCUUUACCAGGUAUUGGAGCCAAGGCUGGUGCUAAAAACACGGGUAGAGUCGCUGCUGGAAGACCGAAUGCACAGCACUGAAAGAGUGCUGAAGAAUGAACAACACUACAAUGGAGAAAUGCUGAAGACUUCUAGUACUCAGCUCUUUAACCACAGCAAGGUUAUAGGAGAGAAGUGUGAGGCGGGUGCAGAUGGAGGUGGAGAUAAAGGCGGAGCUCUGCCGCAGCAGUGGAAAGUCAACCUGCUGGACCAUAUCGAGACUGUUCAAGAAGAAGUCACUCACAGGAUGGACUUCAUCGAACGGGAGCUUGAUGUUCUUGAAAACUGGCUGGACUGUACGGGUGAGUUGGAGCCUCCAGAACCGCUGGACCGUCUGCCUGAACUCAAGCACAGCAUCAAACAACUACUGAGUGAACUGGGAAAGGUGCAGCAGGUCGCUCUGACUUGUGCCACAUGAGGGCGCCAGGACUAAUUUCACAGGACGACUACCUCAGUUUGAAACAUUAUUAAACCAGGCCACGAAACCAAAAAAGCCUAUAGAAUAGACUGAGAAAAUGUGAAACUGAACAUGCUGGUUUUUGUCACAUUAAUACAGAAUGUCACCAAACUCUUUAUCACCUCACUUAUAUUUGUUACAGCAAAUGCUAUUUAUAUCCAUUUUAUUCCUUCUGUUUCUCCAAAAGGAAAGAACAAAAUUCUUUACGAAUAUGUUUGCUUAAAGGUUUACAAGAUAUGUCUUUGACAUUUAAUAAUGCACAGUAUGCUCACAUUUCUCAAAGGGUUAGUUCAAACCAAAAUAAAAGGUUUGUCAUUAUUUACUCAUCCUCAUCUUUUGUUCAUCAUUGGGACACAAAUGAACAUAAUUUUAAUCAAGUCUGAGAUAGUUGUGUUUGUCCAUUGAUAGCCUAUUUACCCAAAAUGCUGAUGCUUCAAAAUCUUUUGAAAUAAAGUAAAUAAAUCCAUUUAAAUGAAGUGAUUAAUGCAUGUCUUCUGUAGACAUGUGAUUGGUUCAUUUGAUGAACAGAUUUAAUUAAUGCUUUUAUUCGCAUGAAUACAUCAUAAAAAAUAUCAAAACUACACCUGCUUAGUGUAUAAGAACAAACCUUAUUGGUUUUUGCUCAUAAACCAAGCAUGGCUGAACGUCCAUGACCAGUUUGUAUACUGUAAACAUUGUUUCCUUGUCAGUGGUUGUAUGUGAUUAAACGCCUAUAAUAAGUCAUGUAAAUGGUUAUUUAAAGCGAUAGUGUCUCGUGGCCAUUCAGUUUAUUUGUCGUAACUCAUUAUGAAUCUUUUUAUGAGACAUUUGCACAGAUUAAGCUUUUUUUCUGGAGGAACAUAAAUCUCUUAUUUGAUUACAAAUAUCUUCAUUUGCAUAUUUCUAAUGCGUUGAGAACACGAGGGUGAGUAAAUCAUGGCAGAUUUUUCAUUCUGAGGUGAGCUUACUUUUUCAAUAUAUUUACACUUCAAAUCAACUCAACAUAUACAAACUAGAUUUUAAUUUGUCCUCAAGAAAGUUAAAUAUUCAAACUGAAAGUUUAAUCUUAAUUGUUUAAUCCUAACACCUAUUUAGGAAGUCAACAUUUGCCCUGCACUCUUUAAACUGCUAAUUAACCCUUAACCUACAUGUAACUGGUUGGGUGUGAAGUCAAAUGUACAUUGUGCUCCAUUAUAUUUAAAAGAAAAGCUGCUUAGGAUGUUUAAGUGUUUUCUGAAUAUUGCUUAUUUAUUUCUGAACAACUGUGAAUAUCAUAAUGACUGUAAUCCUCCUGUCUAAAAUCAAAAAUUUUUCUCCAGAGCUUGGAAAUGCUGAAAUUCUCAUUUCGAAUGCAUCUCAGUAUUAAAGGGAUAGUUCGCCCAAAAAUAGAAAUUUUGUCAUCAUUUUCUCACCAUUCACUUUUUUCA